GAAUGCGAAAAGUCAUGCAUAGUAGAGUUAAGGGACAUACAAGAUCACGUGUACCAAGAUGCAAAGUCAAUCUUAAGAAAUUACCUUGUGCUGAAAUAAACGCUUUGAAUUUGAUGAAAGAACUUAAAAGUUUAGUGCAAUCGACACAUUCAGAUGUUGAAAACAAAGACAAUACUUAUGCAAAAUCACGUACGUCAGAGUGUGGAGUUGAACUCAAAGUGCUGCAUGGUUUAAAUGAGUUAAACGUUUUAACAGAGACCCCGUAUGAAGAAUUGGAUAAUAUACUAAGGAUCCCAGAAAAGCCAUCAGGAUCAAUAUUUUCAGCAACAUGGAGAGAUGGUAUACGAAUAGUUGAAGGCGAUCAUGAUAAUCCCAUACGAUCGCGCACACGAUCUUGUGGAGUUAUACUAGAGACAUUGAAUGAUUCCCAACUGGAAUCUUUAAAGUCUCGCGAACCAUCAUAUCCAGUUGAUCUCUUGACUCUUCCUCAUUCAAGUGCUUCAGAUUUUGCAAAAAACGUAAGUUGCUUACUAUUGGUUGGCCGUAUAAAUGUCGAGGUGCUAAUAAUUAUUCAAAUC